UGAUAGGACCAACUAAGGUGGCAAUUGACAAUGUUGAAAAAUUGAAAAUGAUCCAUUGCUCUCUGCAUUAAUCUCAGAUAGUUACGACAGAAGAACUUACAUCACAGGAAGGACAAGCUAUAACUUUAUUCUUAAAUUGAGGAAAAUUGCCAAACCUUGCGUUAAUGUUUGAGAUGUUUAUAAUAAUUUAUCAUUAAUAUACUUGUAUAUUUGAAUUGAUCAAUCAUCCUAAUAAUAUAAUUUUUGUUUCACCAUGGCUUCCACCACGACAGUUCUUGAUCUUAAGAAGAGUAUGGAGCGACACAUAUGUUUAUCUUUUGUAAGGGAAAACGUCCGGAAGCAUAGUUGAAAUUAUACAAGUAGUACAUAAUGCAUAUAAAUAGAGAUUCUUACAAGUCAUGCCAGACAUUCAAUCUUCUAACAUCAUACGAGUUAGCUCUGAUGCAGCAGAUUUCUUGCAAUUUGUAAGAAUCAAUUUCUUCUGAUUGAACAUUCUAUACAGUGCCUCUCCAAUCCUCUCUCAGUAAUUGUUUCACAGCCUGCGAUGUCAAAUUACUCCGGAAGCUCUGCUGAUAUUUUUUCAAAGACCUAGUCCUCGAUACAUUUGUCAUACUUAAUGCUAAGCUACUUGAAAUUUAUGAGAAUACGCAGGUUACUCAGACCUUCGUUAUGCACAUCAAACCUAAUGACAUCGAUUGCUUGGAGUAUAUAGUAUGAAUGAUUUGCAUUGGAUGACGAUCAAUGGGGUCAAAAGUUUGGAUAUGGAAAAAUAUACCGGGCAUCCCGGGCCGAUGCAACGAUGUACUUUAUACGCGGCCGAAGUCGCUACCAACGUCUAAUCUUCUCGUAUUCUUUGGCGGCGAUGUCCAGGACACGCGAGAAAAUAUGGAGAGGCAUCCGGAUAGCAAGGAAUACAUGAAAUGGAGUUUGGAGAAUACCGCAACUAUUCUCUCCGAACAGUUUCCCAGCAGUCAUAUCUUUGUUAUUCGUCCAGUCAGGAUGUCGAUAACUAGAAGUGCGGUAUUCAGUUGCUUCGACAAUUUCGUAUCAGGGGAUAAAUAUGGCACACCCUCGUUUUGCCCAAUGCACAAAGCUUUGAAGCACUUGAGAGAACUGCUUAUGUGCUGCUUAGAACAUGUAAAAACAUUGAGAAUGAGAGAGGAUAUCGACGACUACAAUAUUGAGACGACAAAUUUAAGUUUAAUGGGCUUCAGCAAAGGCUGCGCGGUCCUGAAUCAAUUCCUGCACGAAUUUCACUAUUACCAGGAACACCCGAAUAACGACACCGAUAUAAGAGGUUUUACAAAGCUCAUCAGAGAUAUGUGGUGGCUGGAUGCUGGGCACAACGGCCCCAGAAACACGUGGAUUACGGAGCAAAGUGUACUCCGGUCCUUUGCUAAAUUAAAAAUAAAUACACACAUACACGUCACACCGUAUCAAGUGCGGGACACCUAUCGGCCUUGGAUCCGCGAGGAAGAAAAUUGCUUCAAUGAGAAUCUGCAAAGAAUGGGAGUACCUGUACAACGAAUACUACAUUUCGGAGACAAGGCGCGAAGUUUGUCGUCGCACUUCAACGUUCUUACUUGUAUCGGAAGCAAUGUAAGAUAAAGCUAUCUCAUUUCUUUCUCCUUAAUUGUUGAAGCUUUUAGCGUAAUAUUGAAUCGUCUGACAAUGUAAAGUCGACAGAGUGAUAAAUUGCAAUUCUUUCCUCACUCGAGAAUCAAAAUAAAAACAUAAAACUAUGUGCAAA